CCCGAAAAUAAUUUUCAUGCAUCACUAAACUUAUUCAGUGAUUUACGUGUAAAACUAAACCGAAAUGAUCGGUAAAGUUCUUUUGCUUGCAGCAGUGUGCAGCGGUUUGGUGUUGACCCUACCCUGUGACAAUUAUGAGAACAUUUAUCGUUGCGUAACUGGUGAACCCAAAGUAGUCACCAUUUUAGAACAAAACUAUUCAUGCGGAGAUGGUUUUACUUGCAAUGUCAAUUAUCGGGAGGUUGAAGCCACUUGUAGUCCUUGCAUUACAAUGGAACUAUUUUGCGGCGCAGUGUUCACGUGUCUUAACGAAACAACAUUCAAAAUGGGCUUAAACCAAUUUAAUUGUGGUGCAGAGCAACAUUGUAAUGCAGAUUUGAAAAACAGCUGCGAACCAUGUGUUAAGAAAGAGUGCGAAGUCAUUUGGACAUGUGAUAAAGCUGACCCAACUCAUUUCUUAAUCAACGGUGUAAAAUAUCCGUGUGAUACGGAUAAAAUAUGCAACGAUAAGAUUCCCCCCACGGAAUGCGAAGCUUGUAUUGCAAAACCAGCGGCGUAAUUAAACGUUUUCAUUGUUAUCAAAAACCACUACAAAUGUUAUAAAUAAAUACUUAUUCAAUUCAAAUUUAUAAUAAAAUUUAUAUCAACCAAUAAUAA